GAGACAGGAAAUACUGAAAAUUUAUCACAAUCAGGAUGGCCACCUGCUCUCAAUAAUAAUAAAAAAGAUAAACUUAGUUUAAACUAUAAUUUAGUAACUGCUAAACAGACACUUUGUGAUACUGGAAUUCACUUCCGUGUUGCUGAAAAAAGCCUUUUAUGUCAGAAAAGCAUGCAUAAUUGGUGCAAAAAACAUAAAAAUAAAACAGCUCACAAUUGGAUGCAAGUUAUUUUCUCAGAUAAAUAA